GGCCGCGCUACGCCUGCCGGCACGACUCGCAGCAGGACUACAGCUCCCAGCGCGCCCCGCGGCGGACUACAGCUUCCGGCAGGCCUCCGCCUCAGAACUACAGCUCCCAGCGUGCCCCGCGGCCGGACGACACCUCCCGGGCGGGCCUGGCGGGGCGGGACUUCAGCUCCCAGCGUGCCCCGCGGGCGGGCGGGCCCGCAGCAGCAUGGCGGCGCUGGCGCGGUGGGCGCGGGUCCCGGUGCGGGUCCCGGUGCGGCCGGGCGCGGCGCGUUGGUGCCGGGCGCUGUGUGGGGCCGCCGAAGUUCCCCCGCCGCCGCCUCCACCACCGCCCCCCUCUCCCUCCCCCGGGGGCCGGGCGCUGGCGGCGGCGCUGGGCGCCGGAGCGGCGGCGCUGGUGCUGUUGUGGGCCCGGGAGGGCGAGGGCCGCCGGCCCGCGCUGCCCGCCCUGCGAGCCGCUGUGCCCGCCCCGCCGCCGCCCGCCUCGCCCCGCGCUGCCUUCAACUUCAUCGCCGACGUGGUGGAGAAGACGGCGCCCGCGCUGGUCUACGUGGAGAUCGUGGGCAGGCAUCCCUUUUCGGGCCGUGAUGUGCCCAUCUCUAACGGGUCGGGUUUCCUGGUGUCUCCGGAUGGGCUCAUUGUGACCAACGCACACGUGGUGGCAAACCGGCGGCGCGUGCGAGUGAAGCUGGCCAGUGGCGAGCAGUAUGACGCCGUGGUGCAGGACGUGGACCAGGUUGCAGACAUCGCUACCAUCAAGAUCAAGCCUAAGCACCCGCUCCCCACCCUGCCCCUUGGGCGCUCCUCCGAGGUGCGGCAGGGAGAGUUCGUGGUGGCCAUGGGCAGCCCGUUCGCCCUGCAGAACACCAUCACCUCUGGUAUCGUCAGCUCUGCCCAGCGGGGCAGCCGGGAGCUGGGCCUGACCGCCUCCGACAUGGAGUACAUCCAGACUGACGCUGCUAUCGACUUUGGGAACUCCGGGGGCCCCCUCGUCAACUUGGACGGUGAAGUGAUUGGGGUGAACACUAUGAAGGUGACAUCAGGCAUCUCUUUUGCCAUCCCCUCAGACCGGCUGCGGAAGUUCCUGGAAAAGGAGGAGCAGCGCAAAAGCUCAUGGUUUGGCAAUACAGAGACAAAGCGCCGUUACAUAGGGGUGAUGAUGCUGACUCUUACACCAAGCAUCCUGGCUGAGCUGAAGCUGCGCGACCCCAGCUUCCCCGAUGUCUCGUACGGAGUGCUAAUCCACAAGGUGAUCAUUGGCUCCCCGGCACAUCAGGCAGGGAUGAAGGCAGGUGAUGUUGUGCUGGAGAUCAACGGGCAAGCAUCGCGCCGUGCGGAGGAUGUGUACGAGGCAGUACGGACGCAGCAGAGCCUGGCCUUGCUGGUGCGGCGUGGCUACGACACUUUGCUGGUGAGCGUCGUCCCUGAGGUCACGGAGUAGCGGUGCUGUCGCGCAGGCGGCUGCGGGUGCUGGCUGGCGGUGCUGGCCGAGAGCCGAGGCAUGGGACUGAGCCGUGCCUGUGCGCCGGUCGGGGAGGGACUGAGAGCUUGUGAGGGACUGGAAGGGGCCAGGCAGAGGGGCCCGGCCCGGUGCUUGGGUGGACUCGUGGUGCAACCAUUGCCCUCUGUACUCAAAUAAAGCACUUUUCUAGGGA